AAAUUGACCCCCUUCUCCCCUUUUUAUAUUGUCUUCUAGGUUCUAAAAGAAUAAAUAAUAGUUAAAAAAAACUAAAAAAGAAUUGACACAAUCCUGGCGGUCCUAAUAAGGAUAAUGAAAAACUGUUAUCAAAUUACUGCAUUGUCAUCGGUGCUUGAUACGUGUGCGAAGUUUCAAAUUAAUCAGACUUUGGAAAUUAGUAAUAAAUGCUAUAGUAUCUAACAUGGGUCAAAGUAUACAUAAAAAUGACAAAUCAAAGUUUCUUAUAAAUAGUUUGGACAUUUUUAAUGUUACAGAAGCUGUUCAAAAUGGUUAUGCACAUCGUUGUUCUUAAAACAAUGUGUCGUGUUGAGCAGCAGGCCAUAUCCGUUAGACUUUUUGCUUCAUUGUGCCCCAGAAAAAAUAAUCUAGGGGCGUUAAAUGGGGUGAUCGCCGUGGCCAAGCGCAGUGCCUCCACGUCCUAUCCAUGGAGAAUGUUGCCUAUCCAAAUGUUCUCGUACAAUUCGCGCAAAGUGUGUGGGAGCACCCACCACAUGUUGCGGCGGUUGAUAAGUAGCAGAUCAUGGAGUAGAUCUGCAAACUCGGUACUCAAAAAGUCCAAAAAUCACUGGCCAUCUAUCCUUGGAGGUGGCUUAACUGAGCCGACUAAAACUCCGUCGAUCAUUGCGGCCCUCAUGUUUACAUUGAAUCCCUGUUGGAAAGUGCUCAGUCGAACUGCAUGAGCGGUUUCCGAAGACUGCAAGUGGUCGUUUCUAUGGUUUAUGAUCCCCUGCCUCGCAAAUUUUUCUUCGUCCGUC